UCAUGUUUAUUGAGUGCUGUGCACCAAUCAGGUGCCUCUAAUAGUAACAGAAAGAACAGGUACCUGACUGCAGGAGGAGCAUUUUAAGUGAAAGUAAAUUUAAAUGCUAUUACUGCUGCUUUCUCCAUGUUUCGUUGGAUCAAAUCCUCAACAUGUUUCAUUUAAAAAGAGUGCUUUAGUAAUGCUUUGUGCUGUUGUUGUUUUCUAAAAAGUGCUAUUUUUGCAUUAUUAUUUUCUGUCUAGAGUCAUUUUCAUUAAAGAUUGAUCUUCGGCCUUUGACUAAAGUUCAACUUCCACACCUACAGAGUAAUUUUCACUAAAGAUUGAUCUUUGACCUUUAACUAAAGUUCGACCUUCCACACCUACAGAUAUGUCAGAGAUCUGCUACAGUUCCGAUGAUCCAGAGAUUCGGAUUCUUUUGGUAGGCAGAUAUGGUUCUGGGCAAAGCUCAUCUGUGAACACCAUACUGGGAGAAAAGAAGUUUAAAGUUAAGAAGCAUGAAACUGAAAUCUGUGAGGAUAAAACGCAAAUUGGAGAAAAGCAGGUACAUGUGAUUACUUCUCCAGAUUUACUGCAUCCAGAUCUGUCUGAAGAGAAGCUGGAGGAACUGAAAGCACAGCUGGUCUCUCAAUGUUCAGCAGGUCUCAGCGCAGUUCUGCUCACUGUUCCUCUAGAGCAACCUGUGCAAAAUGAAGAAGAGAUCCUGGAUUACAUUAAAGAUUUACUUGGUCCUGAAGUUCAGAAAUACAUGAUGGUUCUUUUCACACGUGGAGAUGAACUGGAUGAUCUGGAUGAACCACUGACCAUUGACGAAUAUUUACAAAGCAAAGAUCAUGCAGAUCUCCAGCAACUGGUGACUAAAUGUGGAGAAAAGUUUCACUGUUUCAAUAACAAGAAGCAAGUAAAAGGUCAAGUUGAAGAAUUACUGCAUAAAAUUGAAGAAAUGAUGAUAAAGAACAGAGGGAAAUUUACCAUGGAACAACUAAAAAGGAGUGACAGCAAAAGAGGUCCACGUGUCAAUUUUUCAGGAAAGUCUCCAGCAAAAAGUCCAGAAGAUCUUCAACAGAUUCCUGAGAGGAAAGACCAGAUCAGGUUGGUUCUUCUGGGAAAAACUGGAUGUGGGAAAAGUGCCACUGCAAACACCAUCAUCGGAAGACAAGUGUUUGAUUCUUCAGCCACUUCAACUUCUCAGACCAAACAGUGUCAGUCAGAAACUACAGUGAGGUUUGGUAAAGAAAUAUCAGUGAUUGACACUCCUGGACUUUAUGACACUGAACUCAGUAAAGAAGAGGUUCAAAGAGAAAUAGUGAAAUGUGUCACAUUCGCCUCUCCUGGACCACAUGUUUUUAUCAUCAUCAUUAGAGUGGGUCGAUUCACUGAAGAGGAGAAAAAUACAGUGCAAUAUCUAAAAGAAGUGUUUGGAGAACAGAUACUAAAAUACACCAUGAUCCUCUUCACUUACAAAGAUCAAUUAGAGAAGAAAAAGAUGACCACUGAGCAGUAUCUGCACAAAGCUGAUCCAGCUCUUAAAGAGCUUGUACAGAGCUGUGGAAACCGAUUCUUCUUUCUGGACAAUGAGUCCGCCAGUUUCCCACAGUUCAAAGAUCUGAUCAGUAAAAUAGAGAUGAUGAUGGAAGAAAAUGGAGGGACACACUUCACCAAUGACAUGUUUGAUGAAACAGAGAAAUGCAUUCAGGAGAUUCUAAAACAGAACCUGGAUAAGAAAUUAAAGUUAUUACAACAGCAGAACAAACGGUUCACUAAAGCAGAAUGGAAGAAAAUAUACUGGCGUUUAGUUGAGGAGUCACAAACGGAAGCAGAGCAAUUAUUUUCUGAUAAAAAUCUGCACCUCCUGGAGGGAGCUAGCACUACAAAAGAAGCUGAGCACAAAGCAACCGGUGUUUUAAGGACAGUUAUACUUGCAUUCAGAGAGAGAAUGUGUGUGAUUCAGUAAGAAAAACAAACAAACAAACAAACAAAACACAAUAAUCAGACACAAGCCAUUAAUUAUCUCAAUGGACUACUUGCACUGAGCCUCGUGAUGUACUUUUGAAAUAAUACUGCUCAGUUAUUUCCGGUUAUGUAUAUUUUCAGUGUGCUGUAAUCAUCUAGUUGACUCAAACGCCUAAUAAAAUGAGAGUUUGUGGGAUGAUUUCAAAAUCCGGACAUUUUCAGAGACAGGAGAAGAGAUAUCCUGAUGAUAACUCAACAAAACUUUUAAUCCAACAUAGGUCGAUCUGGAGUAAGAGUCAAGCAAUACUGCAAUACUGAGUUUUGCUUUACUAACCUUAGUUUAACCAUGGUGUUUGAAGUAAAAUUGUGGUUAUACAAAUGAUAAUACCAAAGUAAAACCAUAGUUAUUUAACACGCUGAUGGAAAGUCACGAGGUGUGAGAGAACUAAUAAGUAGAAUGCAGAAGUUGUUGUGGAAGUAGUCCAUUCGAUUCAAGUUUUGUUCUCAUCUGACAGUGUCACUCCAGUCAAAUCAAUGAUGUUGCAGAAUAUUAAGUGUCUUGUAAAACUCAAAUCAUCAAGCCAAAGGUGCAAGUGACAAGAAACACUAAAUCUGUCAGGUGACAGACAUGGAAAAAAAAAAUCCUUUGGAGAAAAGACAUUUCGAAAACAGUCCUAAUCAUGCUGCAGCACAAACUUUGGUUACGUGGACAUUGUAUCUUGGCUCAAGAUGGUUGUAGCUCCUUAAUCAAAAACUGGUCUUCAGAGCACACAAUCUUUCGAGCAAUUAAUUUUACAAUAAGUGGACUACUUGUGAUGGACUGACCCUUGAGAGAAACUCUUAUGGAUUUUAAUACUGUAGUUUCUGCAGGUGUGCUGAAGGGAGUUGAACAUGUGAAACAACUAGAGUUGAACUCUACAUUUCUAUGAGAACAAUACAGCUUAAAAGUGAAGACCAUGAUAUUACAAAGAUCAACUAAAGGAGGAAUAUAAAACAGUUGAGCAGUUUCUACAGAAUGGUGAUCCAAAUCUUCAAUCCCUCAUAUGAAAUUGAUUCUUCUGUUUGUACAACAUGUCUUCCAGUUUCCCACAAUUUAAAGAUCUGCUCAGAGGUGUAAGAAGAGAUGCACUUCACCAGUGAUGUGUGGCAUUUCUUAAUGCAUUCAACAGAUUCAUAAGAAGAAACUGGAUAAGGAAGCACUUAGUAGCAGUUAGCACUUAGCAGAACAGUCUUGAUGUGUAGAAGAGCAUUUGAUCAUGACUGGUGAAAUCCUAAUAGCUCUAGCAGUUAAGGAAGUAAAAGCACCAGUUCAACUUGCAAUCAGAAGUAUAGAGAAAAUAAUGAAACACAAUAUGUUUGUGAUUCAGUGAGACACAAGGAUCAGACACACAAGACACUAGACAAACUAAAUCAAUGUGUGCUUUCUUCUUCAAUUAUCUUGUUCAUAAGGAAAAGUUUACGUAUUCUUUAAUGGUCUUGAUUGCUUAUGGAAAUCUUCUGAAUCAAUUUAGCUGUAAUGCAACAAUAAAACAUGUAAUACAAUAGUGCAAAAUAAUAGUGGAAAUAAUGGUAAUAAGUGUUCAAAUUACUGUAUUUCUUAAAACAAUUGUACAUUGUAGAAUAAAAUAAAGCUGGACAAAAAAUGACGUAUUCCAGAUUUACCAACAGGGCAAAUGAGUAUGAGAGCGCUAUAAAAGUGAGGAAGCAAGUGUUAUUCCCAUCAGUGGUGACACAAUCACACACUUGAUCAGUGAAAUCAAUGGUUAUGUGCAUCUGAUUUGAUAACACAGAUCAAGUUUACAUUUUAAUUCCCCUCAAAAGUCUUCAUUAUAAAGUUCAGCAUCCAUGCGUUUAUAGAUGAAUGAGGGUCUUUUGAAGGAGUGGAAUCCUGGAUCCAUCAAGGCUUUCAUAGAUAUAUACAUUCUAUAUAUCCUCUUUGAGUGAUUAUUAUUCAAAGUAAUUAAUCAGUAUUUAACCUCCUAUAUUUUAGUAGAUUGAAUAAAGUUAUGGGUUAUCAUACACUAGUAGUAGACAUCAAGAUGUAUUCUGUUAUUGGAACGUGCCCUCUCUCCUUGUUUGUGAGAAUUCUCU